AUGGAUCCAGCGCGGCGUGGUAGGAAGAAGACAGUUGCAGCCCUCACAGCUCGGCAGUAUCGUGAAACUAAGAAGUUGGAAUUAGAGAGGUUGAAAUUGCAACUGGAAAUGUUUAAAGAUGCCUACUAUCGUUACAAAAAGCUAUACGAGAAGUCCCAGAUUGACUUAAAGGAGUUAUCUGCAAGGCAAGUUCUUGUUAAUUAUAAUAACCCUGAUUCUAGAUGCUUCAUGCUUGAACAAAGGCAGCCGUAUAUUUCGGCUCCAACUUCUCCCGAUCCUGCCCUUGAUUUUAAUCCCGCUUGUGUGUCUCCUUCUGUGUCAUCCGAUUUUAAUUUUGCACUCGGUUUUGAUCUGACCAACGAGAAUUGGGAGGACCCGGAAUCGCAUCAGGGUCCACCAGUCACAACGUGUAUGCCGCCUCUAGAAGGCAUUGACUGGAAUGGCGGUUACGGUCUGGUUUUGCCGUUGACUUCUUUCCAAGGUGGAAUGGUUGGUACUUAG